AUGUGGCUCUACAGUUUUUUGCUGAGUUUUGACCUCAAGUGGCUUUUCCUGUUUAUUUUUAUUUUGAUCCUCAUAGCAGACUUUCUAAAAUAUAGGAAUCCCCCGAACUAUCCUCCAGGACCGCUGGCUCUUCCUUUUCUGGGAAAUAUCUUCAGUGUGGACAGAAAACAUCCAUACAUUUAUUUUACCAAGCUGGCUGACGUCUAUGGUAAUGUGUUCAGCGUCCGCCUCGGUGGCGACAAGAUGGUGUUUGUGUGUGGGUACAAGAUGGUGAAGGAAGCCAUAGUGACACAAGCAGAAAACUUUGUGGAUCGACCGUACAAUGCAAUCACCGACAGGUUCUACUCAGGACACAUAGGUGGUCUGUUCUUGAGCAAUGGUGAAACAUGGAGGAGACAGCGACGCUUUGCUUUAUCUACCUUACGUACCUUCGGCCUGGGCAAAAACUCCUUGGAGCAGAAUAUCUGUGAGGAGAUCCGACACCUGCAGGAGGAGAUAGAGAAGGAGAAAGGUGAACCUUUUAACCCAGCAGGACUCUUCAACAGUGCAGUGUCCAACAUCAUUUCCCAGCUGGUGUUGGGGAAACGGUUCGACUACAGCGACCACGACUUCCAGACUUUGCUGAAGUAUAAUACUAUUGUUCUGAAGGUGGAGGGCUCUGUAUGGGGUCUGAUGUACCAGUCGUUCCCUGGAGUGAUGAAGCACUUGCCAGGACCUCACAACAAAAUGUUCAGCUGCUACAAAACCAUGCUAGACUUCAUUGGUCAGGAGAUAAAAAGCCACAAGAAGGACCUGGACCACAGCAACCCCCGGGACUACAUUGACACUUUCCUCAUUGAAAUGAAAAAUCACAAAGAGUCUGACCUGGGCUUCACAGAGACCAACCUGGCUAUCAACGGACUGGAUCUGUUUAUGGCAGGAACAGACACAACUGCCACCACUCUGCUGUGGGCUUUGGUUUUCCUCAUUAAAAACCCUGAUAUCAAAGACAAAGUCCAGGCAGAGAUAGACAGAGUGAUCGGACAGAGCCGACUGCCCACGAUGGCAGACAGAGCCAACCUGCCCUACACUGAUGCUGUCAUCCAUGAGGUCCAGAGGAUGGGAAACAUUGUUCCUCUCAAUGGACCCAGAAUAGCCGCCGAGGACACAACACUUGGUGGUUACUUCAUACCGAAGGGUACGAUCUUGAUGCCCAUGCUGACCUCUGUGAUGUUUGACAAGACUGAAUGGGAGACUCCAGACACCUUCAACCCCGGACAUUUCCUAGAUGCUGAGGGAAAGUUUGUGAAGAGAGAAGCUCUUCUGCCUUUUUCUGCAGGGAAACGUGUGUGUCUCGGAGAAGGCCUCGCCAAGAUGGAGCUGUUCCUGUUUUUGGUUGGUUUACUCCAGAAGUUCUCUUUCUCUGUUCCUGAUGGAGUAGAGUUGAGUACAGAAGGAAUUACUGGAGUUACACGUGUACCGCUCCCCUUCAAAGUUCACGCCAAGUUCCUCGCUCUUUUCCUCCGCCUCACAAUGUGGCUGUGUGAUACAUUGCUUUUUGUUUUGGCAGUUCUCCUCGUUGUGUAUUUUCUGAACAAAAAGGAUCCACCCAACUUUCCACCAGGACCACCAUCUCUGCCUCUUUUAGGAAACAUUUUCAACAUUGAAUCCAAACAGCCUCACAUUUACUUAACCAAGCUCGCGGAUGUUUAUGGGAAUGUGUUCUGCAUACGUCUGGGCAGACACAGAACAGUGUUUGUGUCCGGCUGGAAGAUGGUGAAGGAAGCCAUCGUCACACAGGCCGACAGCUUCGUGGACCGGCCUUACAGCCCCAUGGUGACCAGGAUAUAUUCAGGGAACUCAGCCGGCCUUUUCUUCAGUAACGGGGCUCUGUGGAGGAGACAGCGACGGUUUGCAAUGGCAGCGUUACGUACUUUUGGUCUGGCCAACAGCUCCAUGGAGCAGAGCAUCUGUGAGGAGAGUCAUCACCUGCAGGAGGCGAUAGGGAAGGAGAAAGGUGAGCCCUUCGACCCUGUGCCACUUCUGAACAACGCUGUGGCCAACAUCAUCUGCCAGAUCGUGUUCGGGAGGCGGUUUGACUACGAGGACCAAAAUUUCCAGAGUAUGCUGAAGAACCUAACUGAGAUGGCCUAUCUGGAAGGCUCCAUAUGGGCUCUACUGUAUGAUGCGUUCCCAGCAGUAAUGAAACACCUGCCCGGGCCACACAGCGCCAUCUUCAGCAGCGCUACAAGUUUAAAGGCGUCCAUCAGAGCCGAGGUGGAGAGGCACAAGCUGGAUCUGGACCAGAGCAACCCACGGGAUUACAUCGACACCUUCCUGAUCAAGGCGGAAGUACGGAGUCUAAACAGUGAACUGGGUUUUGACGAGAGCAACCUGGUUCUGUGUUGUCUGGAUCUGUUCCUGGCUGGAAGUGAAACCACGUCCAAGACCCUGCAGUGGGGCCUCAUCUACCUCAUCAGGAACCCUCACAUCCAGGACAAAGUCCAGGCAGAGAUAGACAGAGUGAUCGGACAGAGCCGACGGCCCACCAUGGCAGACAGAGCCAACCUGCCCUACACUGAUGCUGUCAUCCAUGAGGUCCAGAGGAUGGGAAACAUUGUUCCUCUCAAUGGACUCAGGAUGGUCGCCAAGGAUACGACACUGGGGGGUUACUUUAUACCCAAGGGAACCUCAGUGAUGCCCAACCUGACCUCUGUGCUGUUUGACAAGACUGAGUGGGAAACUCCCGACACCUUUAACCCGGAACACUUCCUGGAUGCUGAAGGGAAAUUUGUGAGGCGAGAUGCAUUUUUACCUUUCUCUGCAGGAAAGCGUGCAUGUCUUGGUGAAGGCCUGGCAAGAAUGGAGCUCUUUCUGUUUUUUGUCAGCUUGUGUCAGAAAUUUUAUUUUUCCACUCUGGAUGGAGUUGAGCUGAGUAUGGAGGGAAUCGUUGGAGCCACACGGACACCGUACCCCUUUAAGAUCUACGCCAAAGCCCGCUAAAUCCUCCAGCCGAUCCUCCACUACAGACUCUCUUUAUACAAAGGCAACACAUGC